AUUUAUUUAGUACAAAAGUUUAUUUUCAGUGUCUUUGUUUGUUAAGGUAUAAGGAAAAAAAGUUAUUAUAAAUUUAAAAUAUUAAAACAAGAAAAAAAAAUCUUAUAAAUUAUAUAAAGAAACACAUGUUAUAUUACUGUGAAUUAUAACAUAUACAACGUACCUCUACCUCUACGGCUCUACCUAAUAUUUCAAAAUGUAGACAACUAAAUGAAUUGUAUUUUGAGAGUUUGGUGCAGUUUUUUGAUAGAUUAUGCCCACUCCUACUUCCACCGUGAGGAGGCCAUUUUAUAUUUUGGACCAUCACACGUGCUGAUUUAACUUUGAGUCUUUGAUUAUUAGACAAAAUUAUUAGUCGGGUAUUAUUUAUUAUUUAUGGGUUUCCUGAAGCUAAAACUUGAUAUUAUUCAGCCGAACCAGAAUCUUCUACUGCCUAACCAUUCCCACUUGGUUUCACUUUCAUCCCAUCUCAAUCAAAGUUCAAAACUUUUUCCCAACUACCCCACAAACUGCUACAAAAUUACCUCUACUUCAUCAACACUUGGUACCCAAAAAUUUGCAGUGAGAGCAGUAAUCGCCACUCAACCACCAUCACCAGUGGAAAUGGGCAAAGCUAUAAGGGUUCAUGAACUUGGUGGACCUGAGGUCUUAAAAUGGGAAGAUGUGGAAAUAGGAGAGCCAAAAGAGGGGGAAAUUCGUGUGAAAAACAAGGCCAUUGGGCUGAAUUUCAUUGAUGUAUACUUUCGCAAAGGGGUUUAUAAGGCUGCUACAUUGCCCUUCACUCCAGGAAUGGAGGCAUGUGGUGUUGUGACAGCAGUUGGGCCUGGACUAACCGGCAGACAAGUAGGUGAUCUUGUAGCUUAUGCUGGAGUUCCAAUGGGCUCUUAUUCUGAAGAGCAGAUUCUUCCUGCAGACAAAGUUGUUCCUGUUCCCGAAUCUAUUGAUCCCGUCAUUGCAGCGUCUGUCAUGCUUAAGGGUAUGACAGCUCAGUUUCUACUCCGCCGUUGUUUCAAGGUUGAGCCUGGACAAACCAUUCUUGUUCAUGCUGCAGCUGGUGGAGUUGGAUCUCUAUUAUGCCAGUGGGGUAAUGCUCUUGGUGCUACUGUCAUUGGAACUGUAUCAACCAAGGAAAAAGCUGCUCAAGCCAAGGAAGAUGGAGCUCACCAUGUCAUAUUGUACAAGGAAGAGGAUUUUGUUGCUCGUGUGAAUGAGAUUACAUCAGGCAAUGGGGUCCAUGUUGUGUAUGACUCUGUGGGGAAGGAUACGUUUGAGGGCUCAUUGGCAUGCCUAAAACUUCGAGGAUGUAUGGUGAGUUUUGGACAGUCAUCAGGGACACCAGAUCCAUUACCAUUAUCAGCAAUUGCGGCAAAAUCUUUGUUCUUGACAAGACCAACUUUGAUGCAUUACAAUGUGACUCGAGAUGAGUUAUUGGCAGCUGCAGGCGAGGUAUUCGCUAACAUUUCCUCCGGUGUUCUGCGAGUUCGAGUAAAUCACACAUACCCUCUGUCUGAAGCACCCCGGGCACAUGCCGACCUUGAAGAUCGCAGAACAACUGGUUCAGUUGUUUUGAUACCAUAACUAGUAAGAGCUAAACUCUUACCAUUGUGAUACCCUUUUGGAAGGAGCUUGUUCAUUUGAAAAGACAUGAAUGUGUAUGAAAAUUAUGUGACAAAAACUAGUACAUAAUAAAAAGGAUUGCAUCUAGUCCUUUGCCAAAA